UUGACAAACGUGUUACUCACCACGAACCUUAUGGUGGACACUGUAAGCAAAUGGAGACGAACAUGGACGUGAUGAAUACAGGCUUUGUUUUAGUGAUAUUAUAUCUGGGAUGUUUCCUUUCUUCAGAUGGAGAAGUUGUCAAUAUGAAAAUUGUUGAGGAGCCCUCAAAUUAUGGUUUCAACAAUUACAAUGUUGGAGUAAACAAUGAUGAACAAAAGUUGAAGAUGCGUGUAAAACCAUCUAAUUUCUCCGGCCCUCCACACUUGAGGAACUUUGAACACAAAUGCUUUGAAAAACUGAUAAUAGGUUACAAGUAUGAAUUUUGUCCGUUUUCGAAUGUGACACAACAUGAGCAGUCAUACAGAUGGAAUCCAUUCCAUGGAGUGUUAGGAGUAUGGCAGGAAUGGGAAAUAAAGGACAAUAAGUUUGUUGCCAUGGUUAUGAGGGAAGGAGAGAGAUGUGGAGACAUUUCCAGAACUACAAAGGUUGUAUUUGAGUGUGCAGAGAGUAACGAGAUAAUCAAUGUGACAGAGUACAGUAAGUGUAAUUAUAAGCUGGUCUUCUCCACACCAUUGGUAUGUGCAGAACAUUCCAUGUUAGUGUACCCACACCUGUCACCCCAACUACGCCUGGGAUGGGAUCUCCUACAGGGCCAGUACCAACGUGAAGAAAUCACUCAAAAGGGCUACGACAAGCAUUUAAAGAAAAUAUUCAUAAAGGCUGGAUAUUGUAUGUCAGAAAAUGUCCAACAAGUCAUUGCCAAAACCGCAGCAGAACAAGAGAAACGGCAGGAGAAAGAGGAGAAGGGUGACUUUGAUACACUUUAUCAGUGUAAGGAGGAAUAUCAAAAACUGAAGAAAGAAGUUGAUGGUUUGAGAGCACUAUUGGCUUUGAAAAAUGAUGAAGUACCAGUCCCACACCCAGUAGAAGCACACGGCAAUGGUACAAAUGUGUGACCCAAUGGAAGCAACUUAUAUUAAAACAUUAUUUACCGCCCUGACCCUAUCAGGGGAGAUUAUCACACUAUAAUAUGUUGGAUGUUUAUAUAGAGUGUAUGCAUUAUCACUUGCACUGCUGAGUGAUUUGGAAAUGUGUUUAAAAGGCCGUGUAGAAUGAACAGAGAGGAUGUAAGGAUGUCAGAUCAAAAAUUGAGAACAUAUCGGACAAAAUAUGCGUUUUUGAAAGUGUGACAUUUCUCAUGUUCUGGUAUUUUCUAAAAUUAAAAUCGAAGUCUUUCAUAUGUGUUGUCGACCAUCCCAGAUAAGGUUUUAAACGUCUGGUAUUUAUCAUGUUAUUUAAGUUUUUUGUGUUAUACUGUUCGUUUAAUGCUAUUACGCUUGUGGGAAAUAUUUGGUGUUACAAUUUCUGUGUUAUUAUGCUGUGUAAAAGUGUCCAACAUUCCAAUCAUCCAGCUGAUAAGAGUAAUACUUUGUUACUAGUAACUGUAAACCUUGCUUAUGUGUUAUUUAUGCUACAUCAAAAUGUAAUACUUUUAUUACAGGGAUACCUUGUUACUGUGUACAGUCUGUUACUGUAAUGCAUUGUUACACUAUAUCAACAAUUUGUGACUAAUACUUUUUACUGUAGUACAUUGCUACAUUGCUUAUGGUAAUUUUUUACUGUAUUACAUUAGUACAAUGAUACUUUGUAACUGUAACAGAUUGUUAUAUUAAAAGUAGCAGUGAUUCAUGAUUACUGUGUCACAAUGUGUCCUACAGUUUUUAAUGCUCAUUAUAUCUCAUUUCAUUCAAAGAAUCACGAAUGAGAAAAAAGAAAUUUAUUCCUGAUUACAAAUUUAUAUAGUUUCAUUCAGCCAUUUUAAAGUGAAGUUUUUACUUUGAUGAUAGAAUUAUCAUUAAAAUAUGGUUAAUCAUAUUAUAAGUUUAUUCUUCAAGAAAUCCAACAAUACACAAAACCUUACUUAUUUAUUACUUGUUUUGCCCGGCAUGCAUGCUUGCAACAUUGUUAAUUGUAUGGCUGAAUUAAAAAUAACUAAUUAUAAACAUGAACAUGUCAUACAUUUAAUAUUGAUAAAAGUUAUCAAGUGCAAUGGUAUGUAACACCAAUUAAUGGUUUUAAACACUCAAUAUUUAAUAAAUUUUGAACUGUUUUUAUUGCUUUUUU